CCGGAUUGGAAUUGUCAAAUUUCUUCAAUCUCCUAUUUUGGGAUACUUCAGCGGCUUAAAUAAUUAAGAAAUUAUGGCUUCAAAAGUAGAUAUGGAACUUAAAAAAGCAUUCGUUGAAUUGCAAGGUAAGCAAUUGGAAACUUCACAAAAAAUUAAACUGCAUGACAUUCAAAUCGAGUCCUUAAAAAGAAAUAAGCAACACGCCACUUUCACAGAAAGAGAAAUAAACACACUGGAGGAUGGAACAAAAACAUAUGAAUCAGUGGGUAGAAUGUUUCUCCUUACUCCCUUGCCAGAUGUAAAAGAACAUUUGCAGAUAAAACAAACUGCAGCAGAAGAAAAAAUUAAAGUUUUAGAAAGUAAUAAAACAUACUUGGAAGGUAGUCUUGUUGAAGCAACCAAUGCUUUAAGAGAAUUGGUGCAACAAAAAAGAUAAAGUAUUUCAUGCUUCGUUAAUUUCUACUUUGAUUCACUUUAUAAUUUACAAUAAUCACACAUAAUUUAUUUUAUAAAAAGUUGUAUUUUGUUAAAAUCUAAAUAAAAAUUUAUACAUAGAACUGUAUAUUAUAUAAAUAAACAAAUUAAUCAUCAACAACCAUCGACUCAAACAAUAACGGCACAGAUUCAGGUUUUUCUUCAACAAUUGUGGGCUUAUGUAACAAUUUAAAUAUUCCAGUUCCUAUUGGAGCUGACAUUCCCAUAAUUAUGUUUUCGGAAACUCCAUUGAUUUUGUCUGUUUGACCAUAGUAGGCUG